GCUGAAAUAUUCCAGAAACGAGGGGAGAGAGAGAGAGAGAGAGAGAGACAGAGAGAGAGGGAUGGAGGGAAUGGAGAACAGAGAAGACUUGAAGUCGAUGCUACCGUUUCUGCCUUUACUACUUGGCUCAUCAAAUCUGUUUUGGCCAUCCCAAGUGGUUAAAUCACUCGAAACCCUCUCAAAAGGACCUCUUUACAGCAAAGUUGACUCAGGUGAACUGCUUUUCGAUGCCAUUUCCCAUAUCAGAGAUUCUCUUGCUCUCCCUUCUCUGCAACCUGUCGCUCCUUUUGCCCAUGGAGGUUAUGCUCUCUUCUUUGACGAGGAGUUCAAUGCAGCUAAUUUCCCGGGCAGAGGCUUCAAAAUGGUUUGAAGAGGUUGUCCCAGCGUUGGCUAACUUGCUCUUGAGAUUGCCAUCUCUUUUAGAGUCUCACUAUCAAGAUGCUGAUUACUUGUUUAAUGGUGUCAGAACUGGCCUUCGCUUGUUGGGUUCACAAGAAGCUGGCAUAGUGUUCCUUGGCCAGGAAUUGGUUGCUGCUCUCCUCACAUGUGCGUUCUUUUGUUUGUUUCCAGUCUCUGAUAGAGGUUCAAAACGUCUUCCAACAAUAAAUUUUGAUCAUUUGUUUGAGGAUAUAUAUGAUGAGGGUUACAGAAAAAAGCAGGAGAACAAAAUAAAGUGUAUUAUGCAUUAUUUUGAAAGGAUAUGUUCAUCUAUGCCUGAGGGCUUUGUCUCCUUUGAGAGGAAGGUUCUUCCUUUAGAACAACUUCCUUUGUGUGUUUCUUAUCCCGAGGCAGAUUUUUGGAGCAAAUCUGUUGUUUCUCUCUGCCCUUUUGAGGUCCAUAGUUCAGGCUUCAUAGAAGACCAAUCCAAUGGAGCUCUUGAAGUUGAUUUUGCUAACAAGUAUCUCGGAGGUGGUGCUCUUCGUAGUGGCUGCUUGCAGGAAGAGAUACGGUUCAUGAUCAAUCCUGAGUUAAUUGCUGGAAUGCUUUUCUUACCUUGCAUGGAAGACAAUGAGGCGAUUGAAAUUGUUGGUGCUGAAAGAUUCUCAAACUACACAGGGUACGCCUCUUCUUUUUGUUUUUCUGGUGACCAUGUGGACAAAAGGAAUGUUGAUGGUUUCAGAAGAUGUAAAACCAGGAUUGUUGCCAUUGAUGCAUUAUGCAGGGCAGGGAUGAGACAAUAUAAGUGCACAUACCUGCUUCGGGAGGCUAACAAGGCAUUCUGUGGCUUUUUGGAUCAAUCUAAUUGUGACCAUCACAAAAGCCUGUUUCAAGAUGGUGGCUCACAAGGUUCUCAGUGUAUGGAAACUGAUAAAGACACUAAUGUUGUGGUGAAGGACUUUCCGAUGGAUGAAGCCCCCUCAACUUCUGUUGAAAUUGCAAUGAACAGAGGAGAAUAUAUAAACCAAGUGAUCGGAUAUUCUGACAAGAAGGGUAGUUGGUGUCUUGACCUUGAAGAUAAAAUCGGUAUUGCUACAGGGAAUUGGGGGUGCGGAGCUUUUGGUGGAGAUCCUGAACUAAAGACCAUGAUUCAGUGGCUUGCAGCUUCCCAGGCAGCAAGACGUUCUGUUUCGUACUAUGCAUUAGGCAUUAAAUCGUUGCAGAACCUGAAUCAGGUGAGUCAAUGGAUUCUGUCACAUGAAUGGACGGUGGGAGACCUUUGGAAUAUGUUGGUGGAGUACUCUUCUCGGAGAUUCAACAAGGAAACUAACUUGGGUUUCUUUGCAUGGUUGCUUCCUACGCUAUUUGCUCAUGAUGCUAAGAUGUCAAAUUUGACAAGUACACCUUAAUUUUUCUCUUGUUUUUCCAUUUUUUUAACAAUGUAAUCAACUCUUUAGUUUAUUUUUUAAUAUAUCAUAUUCCAUGUGUUCCCUCCGCGAAAGAAA